AAGCAGUGACGUCAUUUCUUCCGCGUUGGCCUGUACGUGGCACCGAGGAGGAGCUGCGCUGAUUCUCCGGUGUUUCUCCGCCUCUUCCCGCGGCUCUGAGCAGCUUCUCCCGGACCCUCUGGAUCUCUUUCUCCCCCCGCCGCUGAACCGGGACUUCCUUUAUCAACAAUGGGGCUGACGAUCUCGUCUCUGUUCUCCAAGUUCUUCGGGAAGAAGCAGAUGCGGAUCCUGAUGGUCGGUUUGGACGCAGCUGGAAAAACAACGAUCCUGUACAAACUGAAGCUCGGAGAGAUCGUUACCACCAUCCCAACUAUCGGGUUUAAUGUGGAGACGGUGGAGUACAAGAACAUCUGUUUCACAGUCUGGGACGUCGGUGGUCAGGACAAGAUCCGUCCUCUCUGGAGACACUACUUCCAGAACACACAGGGUCUGAUCUUCGUGGUGGACAGUAAUGACCGAGAGAGAGUAACAGAGUCAGCGGAGGAACUCUCCAAGAUGAUCCAGGAGGACGAGCUGAAGGAGGCGGUUCUUCUGGUGUUUGCUAACAAACAGGAUCUUCCCAACGCCAUGGGGGUCAGUGAACUCACCGACAAGCUGGGUCUACACAGCCUACGCAGCAGAACUUGGCAUGUGCAGGCUACCUGUCUGUCUCUAACCUGUCUGUCUCUAACCUGUCUGUCUCUCUCCUGUCUGUCUCUCAGUGGCAUGUGCAGGCUACCUGUGCCACGCAGGGCACCGGUCUGUACGAGGGUCUUGAUUGGCUGUCCAACGAGCUGUCGAAGCGCUAACGCCUCACAGGAAACAGGAAGCAGCAGACUGAUGAUGUCAUCACUGAUGGCCUUGUACAGAGAUGAAGACGAGGAACUGUUUUUGUUUUUUUAAAUUAUAAAUGUGUCUGUCUGUAGGAGGAAGUGAUGUCAUGGACUCUGAGCUCAUCCUCUUCUUCUUCUGUUCUUCCUAAAAAGGUUUCCUAAAUGGGUUUUUUUUUUUUUUUAUUCGCAUGUUUUA